CGACGUUGUAUCUUUAGAGAGGAGGAGAGAAAAAAAAUGUACGGAUUCUGACCAAUAAGGGGCAUAUUACAGCUCUGCCUUUUGCACAUGUUUUGAUGUCGUCACUGGGAAACCACUAUUGCACUGCCUCACAUCGCGUAUUACAGAAAAUGGAUGAGCACAAGCUGAGAAUCCGGACAGAUGCGGCAAUGUCAACAUUAAAGCAACUUGAUGGAGAAAACUAGAGGAAUCCCUUUAAGAUGACACGCACAGACCCACCUGACAUACUGGUAUCAACUGUGCAUCAAGACAUAAAAGUGAUCCCCAUUUCUUCACACUAUAAAUCAUUACAAUCUUCCAAACAAUGUGAUAAUAUAAAUGACAACACACUGGAGGAGAAAAGCAAAAUCAAUAAAAGACACUGCCGUACCUUUGACCACAAGUCACUGGAGAACCCCAAAUCACACAAAUACUCUAUGGAUUCUCCAUACAAGAUGGGUGAUAGGCAAGCAUCCAACCCAGAUGUUACCUGGAGUAUGUUGGGCCAUCGGCAGAGAUACCGCUUUUCUGCUCCAGAUAUUUUUAGCCACAAGUUGACUCCUCAGCCAGUGACAACAGAUAUGGCUAGUGAGGUAAUUAUCCCUGAACAAAAACGAAGGACCAGGUCAAAAAGUGCCCCUCGUGUCCAGACCACUUUCAACCCUGUAUCUCUUGAAGGAUCUUCAUCUUCAGGGAGGAAGGGUAGAGAGUCCCAAAGGGCUUCCAGAGACACUCGCUGGAGACCAGAAGUAUCACCACGUAGGGAGCCCUCCUAUGCAGCAGCCAGGGCUCAUAUGCAAGAAGUACAUCCUGUUAAGUUGCAGCCACAAAUGGGUGACAGAAGUCGAUAUUCUCCUUACUACACUACUGAUAAUUUUGAGGAUGAAGGUCUGGAUAAACCAGCAACUAGCCCUCAUGUCAGGUGUCGGGUUGAUAUCAAACCUGAUGACGCAGUAUUACAUCAUUCAGGACGAAAAAAGGCUACACCUCAAAUGGACAUACCCUGGCAGAGACGCCACAGUGCAGGGACUAGGAGCCUGACUGUGCCACGCCAUUUCUCCUAUUCUAGAACACCAACUCCCACUGACUCAUUUGUUACUGAGAGUAGACAAACUUGUCAAUAUUCUCGUAGCAUGCCAAAUAGUUAUUUACAACCUAUGGAGAUUCCCCUGCAGAGGAUGCCUUCAUCAGGUGAUUUCUAUGGUAGAGAACGCAGAGCUCACUCCAGUCCAAAUGUGCCAACAAAGUUCUUUUAUGCAGAUGACCCAGGGGGAUAUGUUACUACUGCUCCUCCACAACCAUGUUCUUACUUUCAUGAUGAACGUUAUACACCAGGACAAGCAUAUACUCCAAAAGUUCAAUUUGUGCAAGAUCCAAGGACUCGAAUAGUGCAUGCUGUAGCUACAAGACCAUAUUAUUCUGAGAUGGAGCCCUAUCCAUACUCUGUGAAGACAGGGUAUCCCAAAUCCUAUGCAGCAAAUGAACCAGGGCCAUAUAUCAUACAGACACCUCCAACAAGAAUAUUUUAUGGGGAUGAUCCCAGAUCUUAUCAAAUUCAGACUGCUCCACCUAGGUUUUAUUAUUCCAGCGAGAUGUAUGCAGUGCCACCAGAGCACCAUGUCCCAGCAAGGGCAUAUUAUACAGAAGGCAGAAGACAUGCUAGAGUAAUGCAUUCACAAACAGAUGACUGGUAUGGCUCAGAUGCAUCUGGUUACUCCACCAAUCCUGCCUCUCAUGUAUCUCAAGUCACUCCAACAAGAGUCCGGCAAGAACCUGUAUUAACUCCAUGGUAUACCAACCCAUGUGUUGAACCUCAGAGUUUUGGAACAGAUUCCAAAUCUUACUCAAGAUCUUGGGACAAUAUUCUCAACUCACGUGUGGAGAGAGAACAGCCUCUUCCUGUACAGCGAGGUCAGAGCUACGAUGAUCUUCUUGACUCCAGAAAGCCUGAGAGAACUGCUGGUGAAAAGCCAGAACCAGUGGUUGUCAAUCUCUCUAGUUCACCAAGACGCUAUGCAGCCUUAUCAAUGUCUGACAACUCACUGAUUGACAAAAGCCCAACAGAGACAUCAAAGAGCACUACCAGUAAACUCUGGUUUGUAACUCCUGAGAUAACAAUCACGGACAAUGACAUUCGACCAGGAAGCCUUAAUAAAGCUGAAGGACGGUCUGCCAGUUGGGAUAUUCUUAAUACCAGAAGCACAGAGACUCCAGAAAUGCUUCAGCGGGACUUUGAAAGCUCAGCCAAAGAGAAGACACAUGACAAUGCCUCACUUCAGCAAAGUCUUGAACAACUGGAUGAGCUUCUUGCUGAUCUUGUGACUGACUACAAGCCACCCAGUAGAAGGCCAAGUGAAGACAUUCUGGACCAAUUAAAAAAGUUAAUUGAUGAGGAAGAAGCAGUAUCUCUGUCCAGAAAGAGCUCAAAGGCAGGCACAGAGGAAGCAGCUCCACUGGACAAACAGCCCACCUCAAUCCGAAUAAAUCCUGAUGCUUUUCGAGAUAUGGAUGGAGCAAGUGAUGUAAUGAAGAGUGCAGACGAGUGUUCCCCUGAUCAGAGCCCAGAUGAGGAUGACACAAUGAUGUGCUCUAACAACAAAUGCCGGAGGACAGAAACCUUAUUCAAUGCUUGUCUUUAUUUUAAGUCCUGCCACAGCUGUUACACUUACUACUGCUCUCGAAAUUGUCGCAGGGAGGACUGGGAUAUUCAUAAAGAAAGCUGCCUGUAUGGAAGAAUUGGUAGCACUUGCCGUCACAUCAUCAAACACUGCCGGGAGACUGUUGAAGUCCACAAAGCCUUCUCCCGUAUUGCCAAAGUUGGCUACCUUUCUCGAGGUAGAGGAGUUCUCUUCCUUGGUUUUCCUAAUCCUGUAUCAUCUAGUAACUUCCUGCAGUAUGGUCUGGAUAGUUUACUUAUGUCACCUACAUAUUUGUCCCUCCGAGAGCUUGAAAGCUUCAAGGACAACCUAGGGGAGUACUGUAAGGAACUGCAGGAAGCUGGUAAAGAAUAUGACCCAAACGAAUGCUUCAUCUUGAAUGUAUCCAUUGCUGUAGGUGAGCAGUUACCUGAAGGGCCAUCACCAAGGAACCAAGCUCCAACUGUCAGAAAAUAUGCAAAAGUAGCAUUGGCUUCCUUUAGCCCAGAGAGAAAGGUUCACAAGCAAGAGAGUGACAUGGAAACAUUGAUUCUUACUCCACCCCCAGGAACAGCAGAUCUUGACAAAGAGGGAGAGGAAGGCCGGAAGGCCAGAGAAAUCUGUUUUAUCAAUAUACAACGUGAAUUAAGGAUUCGAGGGGUUUUCUUACGCCAUGAAUACCCACAGGUUUAUCAGCAGCUCUGUGACUUUGUGGAAAGUAACAGAAGAUUCACACCCACAACAAUUUAUCCUAUUGAUAAGAGGACCGGUAAACAAUUUAUGUGCAUGAUUAUGGCUGCCUCAGAGCCCAGGACGUUGGAUUGGAUAGGCACCCCACAUCUCCUUGAUGACAUUAUUUAAGUGCACCUUCAGUUGUAAAUAUAUAUGUAUAGAAAUACAUAUAUAUUGUUAUACAUAUUUAUAUAUCAAUUCAAUUAUAAAACAUUUCUAGAUAACUAUUUUGUUAUCAAAAUGAUAUAUAUAUAUAUAUAUAUAUUACUUGGUCAGUAUUAAUCUUUAUCAGAAUAUUUCCUGGAAGGUGCAGAAUGAGUACAAUACAUUUUUUAUUUGAAUUUUUUUAACAUAUCUUUUAUCAACCAAUUUUUCCAUAUCCUGGUCAUGUACUCUUAUGAUACAUUUCCUUUUGUUAGGGAGUACCUAAAGGAAAAUUCUGGUGUUUUCAUUUUUGUUCAGAUUAGCAAGUACUGUAUGUUCAUUGCAUCAUAGCCUCUUAAAUGAGUGUGUUUGUUUCUGUGAGUGACUACCACAUGACUAUUUUCAUAUGUCACUUAAACGGUACACUAUGCCGAAAAAUAAUGUAUUUAUUAUUUUCUUAGUUACAUAAAUACUUUCCUAUGCAAUGUUAUUUCAUGAAUUAAAUACUGCAUUCCUACAGAAAGUAGUUUCUGUUAUAUUACAUUAUAUGUUAAAAAAAAAAAGAAGAAGCUCCACCUGAUCUAAAAUAGUAAAACUUUUGUUGGCAGCAUAAAUCCUUAUAAUAAGACAACUGUGAAGACUGAAGAAGAGAUAUUUGAUCUUACCUGAAUCAUCCAUAAAUAAAACUGAUGUAGUUAUGCUGCUUUGGUGCUACUCUAAAAAUUACAAUUUAAAUUUAAUUAGUUCUUCAAGUCUGCUCUUCAAAAUCAGUUGAACAGUGCUGGACUUGAAAGUUAGAUUUUGAAUAAAUACUGGAAUUGUACCAGUUACCAGCCACACGGUAUGUGUUGGCCUGUACUGUUUAGUUUUAAGCACUGUGAAUAGUGAGUGUUACCAAUUACAGUAAAAGUAAGCAAACAAACAAAAAACACAAAAAAUGGUUUGAAACCAAAAAAUCAUGCAGUUUUCUCCAACAGUCAGGUGGACAAGUUGUAUUUUUAGAUAUAGUUGUAAACAAAGCUAUAUGAAUAAACAGCAGGAGCAGGUUCUUGUCCUUAGAACAAGGUGAGCUGGAGUAGUAGCUAUAUGGUACAUAAAUAUUUAAAGGAGACAUUAGCUGUGUAUUUGUGCUGCACUAGUUUUAUUGCAUUUGUGACCUAUACUCCAUUUUUGUUUCAGCAAAUUGGAGCCAUUAUAUUACUCAUUGGUUUCAGAAGUUUUAGAAAUAUUUCUUAAUGAAAGCCCAUUUCACAUAGAAAGUGGCAUGUGCUUUAUUGACCACUAGUUUGAGCAAACAGCUCAGAAUUUGUGUUGGCCGCAGACUGCCUGUACUUUGACAUUUUUUGCAGCCACUCAUGGUCUUUGUGUGUAUUAUGUGUCCACUCCCACUCAUUCUGUUUCUAUUGGUUGUACAGAUUUACAUAACACCAGCACGUGAGUGUUCCCCAGCUGGCAUGAUUUGCUCGAUGCAGCAGGAACUCAUUCUUGCACGGUGCAUUGUCAUUGUCGCCUUGUAUGUGAAUGGCCGUGUUGGCUAAACAACAUGGCUAAACAGGGCCAUGGGUAGAAUAUUUCUUAACUUCUAAAUCUCAAAUGCCUGCCAGUGCACUGAUUAAAACUCGAGUUUUAAAGAAUCAGUCUAAUAUUGCAACAAUUUGAAAAUGUUCAGGCAACCCCUUUUUGACCCCUGCAUCUGCAGAAGACAUGAAUUUGUCAGCUAGUCCUCAGAAGUAAGUCCAGGUUUGAAUCAUUCCUCAAUAUUUCAAUUUUUCCUUUGUGAUAUCAGCUUUCCUUUGAGUUUGUAAUACAAAGUACAAUGAAACUUGAGGAACAUAUAUUUGAAAAUAAAUUUUACUUGCAGGACAUGCUGUACAGAUUCAGUGAAAAAGUUACUGGCCGCAUGUUAUUCUGUUCUAGUGCUCUGAUAAUAAUUUUAACACAACAUAAAUGAUAGUAACUUGCUUGAUGAAUGGAUUUGUCGAAGUGAAAAUCCUGUGACUAUCCUGUGUAAUAAAAAAAUAAGUGAAUUUUCCAUUUUUGUCAUUCAAGUUAAAAUAACAUGUCAAGGCAAUGAAAAAAGAGACCUCACUAAGUCUAGAAAACCCAGUAAUCUUGUAUUUUUUAUACUUUCAAUAUAAGUGUCUGAGUGUGUCUA